AUGUGAAAAUAAUGGGAAAGCCUUCUCGCGCUGAAGCUUCAGAUGGAGCACAGCACACGAGGUUUAACAAUGACACGAAACCCAGCUGCAGGAUAGCUUGCUGUCGGGACAUGUAACGGUGUGGAAUGGAGCAAAGGUCAACAGUUUCUCUUACAUGCAAACAACAGCAUGUAGCAUUUUAACCAAAUUGUGAUCACCCUGUUAAAUGGUUCAUUUAUACCAUUUCAGUGUCCCCAUGCACAGAGAGACAGCUUGAUUGAAACUGUUUGGUUGUCAACAUUUGUUUCCUCAUCUCAAAUAGGAAGCUUUUCAACGUCAAAACAAAUCCUCACAUGGUGAUUUGACACAGCAGAAAAAGUUUGACUCUGCCUCACAGAGUCGUCCAGCUGACACACAAUGGUUGCAGAUGACACAGCAGGAAGUGGGGACAGAUCAGAAGAGGAGAAAGAGAUGGACGUGAAGGCGCUUACAUCUGAAGACAGCGCAGGACAUGAAGAUGGAGACGUAGAGAUGGCUAUCUCUGCCUCUGAGGGCCUGUCUCCCUCCGAAGGUCCCCCAGAGGAAACCAAGGAGGCCAGAAAGUGGAAGUGGGCUGUAAUAUUCUUGUGUUUCUAUGGGUUCAUGUCGUCGGUAAAGCCUGGGGAGCCCUUCAUUACACCGUAUCUACUCAGCGAUGAGAAGAACUUCACCAGGAAAGAGGUGACCAAUGAGAUCACUCCUGUGCUGACGUACUCCUACAUGGCUGUGCUGGUACCAGCCUUCCUGCUGACAGAUCUUCUGCGCUACAAGCCGGUUCUGGUCAUCCAGGGCGUCAGCCAGGUGGUCAUCUGGGUCAUUCUGCUCCUGGGCACCACCCUCCUUGAGAUGCAGUUCAUGGAGUUCUUCUACGGCAUCACCAUGGCCUGCCGCGUGGCCUACUCCUCCUACAUCUUCUCCCUGGUCAGUCCAAGUCUCUACCAGCGUGUGGCCGGAUACUCACGCUCCUCAGUCCUUUUGGGGGUGUUCACCAGCUCAGUGCUGGGCCAGGUGUGCGUUUCCUUGAUCAAAAUAAGUUUCCGCACCCUCUGCGCUGUAUCUUUGGGUUUCGUCAGCUUUGGUCUGACUCUCUCGCUGUGCCUGCCGUGGCCUAAACGCUCCCUGUUUUUCAACCGGACGCUGAAUAAAGAGCAAAAGGAAGUGGCAGGAGUAGCCACCAAAUCAGAGCUGGACAAAAUGAACCCAAAAGAGAGCAGCCCGUCCUCGGCAGCAUCGCUGUGCUCUGCAUCACGCUGGAAGGAUUCUAUCUUUGUACAGAUGCUGCUGGAGGUGGGGAAUGUGGUGAGGAGGCCCAACCUGAGGCUAUGGUCCCUGUGGUGGAUUUUCAACUCCACAGGGUACUACCUGGUACUGUUCUACGUUCACAUCCUGUGGAACAAAGUCUACCCACCAACGGAGAGCAAGGACCAUUACAAUGGAGCCGUGGAGGCAGCUUCUACCUUGCUGAGUGCGCUGACUGCUUUCAGCGCUGGUUAUGCGAAAAUCCGUUGGAACAUCUGGUCUGAGCUGGUCAUUGGUGUCAUCACAGCACUGCAGGCAGGCCUGCUGCUCCUCAUGGGCACCACAGACAACAUUUGGGUUUGCUACGUGGCUUACGUCCUCUUCAGAGGCUUCUACCAGUUUCUGGUGCCUAUUGCCACUUUCCAGAUAGCCUCAUCACUCACCAAGGAGCUGUGUGCUUUAGUGUUUGGUAUCAACACCUUUUUGGGGACCAUACUGAAGAGCGUCAUCAACCUGAUAUUUUCCGACAAGAGAGGCCUGGCGCUGGAUGUGCACUCUCAGUUCCUGGUGUACUUCGUUUACUUCACCAUUCUCACUGUCGUCUACUUUGUCUGUGCGGCUGUGGUCCUCAUCCGUCACUUUAGAAACCAGCAGAGUGGAGGAGGCGGGGCUGAUGAGCAGGCGGAGCCCACAGAGCUCAGCCCCGUGGCUGCAGAUUCGGAGGCACAGCCUUUGUCAAACGGCAAAAGUGCCAAAGCAUAAUGACAGGAAAUGUUUAUCGCCUUCAAGUGUUUUCUGCCAGUAUCUUGUUAAGAUCCCAGUUUUGCUAAUAAGAACCUUCAGACUCAGCGGAAUCAGAAAUUUUAACCCUCUGAUGUCGACGGAGUGGUUUCAGUGUUAGCUGCUGAGCCUCAAUCAAGUGCCUCCUCUGCUACCUAAAGCUGCUGCACUACAAGAGUCAGACAGGCGUCUUGUGCCCGACGGCUUUUGAUGAUUAGAUUGUUUGCUGCAACUGAGAAGAGAAGUCUACGUUUUUUAUUUAAUACAAAGCACUAAGUGGUACUGUGCUUUCAUAUGGAGACAAAUCAUCUUAAAGGGUUAGUAGAAUUUUUUGAAUUGUGGUUAUAUGACGUACUUAUCCAUAAACAGUGUAUUACCUACAUUAGAUGGUUGUUGGCAUGCCCCCAGUUUGGAGAAGCAGACUUUUCAAAGCCACCAGACUCCACUGACAAAAGCAGUAAUGUUUGUGUGUUUGUUCGUCUGAUAGAUUUCGGUUUGCUUCUUCUGUGAUUAGUGAGAUGAGCCUCCUGCAUCCAAAAUGCUAUCAAAACUUUUAUUUCUAAUUGCCAAUGCAGGACCCAUAAUUCCCAUAAGAGGUGUGGAGAAAACCAAAAACCUCGACAAAAACUUGACAUUUUACGGACACAGCAGUCACAUGGGAUUAAGACAGAUGACCUCCCCAGUUAUUACAAAUUACCAGAGGUCCCAGUUAUUACAAGUCUUGUGUGAAUGGGGCUUGAAUACCAUUUUAAUCGACUGCCACUAUCCACAGCACUAUAUUGCUUCUCUUCUCUUACAGUACUCCUGUCUGCUUCUUCAAACUCAAGCGGGAUUUAUACUUUUGCAGCAGACCUUGCCUACGCCGAUGUGAGCAUUUAUACUUGUGCGGUGGUGUGUCUGUGUGACUCUGCAGUUACUGUGAAGUACUCUAAAGUUUAGUUGAUUCAAAACACACCCAAAACACACAUCAAACAUGGCUUAAUAGCAACAAUGUCAAAUACAAGUACACAAAUCAGCUUCACUAUAACUCAC